GCAGGUGUUGAUUUUCCAACGUAACACAAACGGCGAAUAGCGGUGAACGACGCCGACGAUUCAUUUUCACCUUCACUCCGACUUCGCCAGCCACGUGGUGUUUGUUUGUCUUAUCUAGCCUCACCUCGCAACUCCAACUUUCUCAUCGCUACCUCCAACACAUCCCACCAACAAUCGCCCACUAAGAUAGUACUUUGGUAUGUCUCCGCUGUAGCCCUUCACAAACACUCCUAACACUAGACAGUCGAAAUAGAAGUUCCUUCGCUCUCGCAGCAGCUAGCAGCCAGGUUUUGGCAACCUCAUUUAGUACUGAGAAGUUUCGGUUCCUGUUCACUCGAGCUGACCUCACCAUGUCGCUCAACAAGCGCACUGGUCUCUAUUCAAUGCCGAGCCACCACAUACACGCCGCAAAGCUGACCCCGCGUCCUACUUUCAACAGUAUGGAUUUCGCAGCUGAGGAAGCCAAAGCUUCGCAGAAUCGGGUGCAGGUGGUGAAGGACGAAAAAGGUGAAGCUACGCCGCAAGAGCGGAAAGUCAAGAAGAAGAAGCAAUCCAUUUCUGCGGGCGACGAGCAACUGAGCAGUCGCACGCCACAAUCUUCCACCCCGCUGAUCAAGAUCGUCCCAGCUACGUCCAGCACCAAGGGCAAGAAAGAGAAGAAGUCUUGGGAGAAAGAUGCUCCUCAGUCUGACAAAAAGCGCAAGCGUGCGAGUGAAGACCACGCCUUCGCUCCAGUGCUGCCAAACUCGCUGAGCGCUGUUGGCGCCGACAUGCUCCGAAACGUCCAGUCAUCAGUCCAGGCGGCUCGCAAGGUCUUCAGCAGUCCAAGCGCCGUAGCUGAACACACCGAAGGGCCAUCCAAGAAGAAGUCCAAGAAGGACAAGACGAGCCGCAAGAGCAACGACACCAUUGACUUCGACCGCAUGGCGAAAGAGACGCGUUCCAUCGACCGACAAACAAGGAAGGAGAAGAAGGCGAGACGACAGAGUGCUGGGGCAAUCCAGGCUCUCCCGCCUUCCGACAUCCCAGCUGCAGUCUUCUCUUCGCUCCCGCGAAAGACCCCAGUGCCCCUCCCCGAGAACGCCUUCUCCCACUCCGCCAACGCCAACAGAAUCGGCCGCCGAGACUCCCGCCUCCUCAUCCUCGAGACCCCCCUCUCGCAACUCCCCAAGACCCCAGUCCACCUCCCCGACUCCCCCAUUCCCUUCAAGCUCACCGACGCGAAGUCAAAAACCCACACGAGCUCGCGCGUCGCAGACCCGUCGCCCCCAACCCCCCUCGUGGCGGACGUCCCUUCAUCGGCCCCGCCAGCCCUGUACAAGAACCACAAGCUCGAGCUCAACCCCGACGGCCGCGUGUCCCUGACCUCGUCGAACCUGCUCCAGUACACGACCACCACGCAGCCGCUCAGCGACAUGCCCAAGCCCAGACUCAAGCCGCGGUCGCGCGCAGCGUCGGCAGCGGGCUCGACGACAUCGGGCGGCACGACGCCGAGCAUCAAAGAGAUGUUUGCGCGCGCGGGCAGGAAGGCGGCGGGGAAUCCGUUUGUGGUGUCUGGCGAGACGGUGGGGCAGACGGACGACACGAAGAGCGCGAAAGCGAAGAAGAAGAGCGAGAAGAAGAAGCAGAAGAACAAGCUCAAAGCCAAAAAGAAGGAGCAGAAGGACAACGCACAGCAGAUGGAGAAGGAGAAGGAGAAGCCAGCCCAGCACACUCCCCACGCAACCCUCGAUAAUUCAUCCGCAAACAGCUCCUUCAUCAAACACUACGCCGCCCUCCAGUCCACCGUCGACUUCGCCGCCGAACGCACGCACCUCGCCGCCCUGCAGAGCUGGCGCGCCGCCGCCGCCGAGCGCGGGCCCCUGCCCUGUCUGGGCCAGAAAGCGAGCGGCUGCAAUGCGAAGCGCGAGACGGUGCUGCGGAUGCGGAGGCAGCUUGCUGAGGACGCGUCGUGUGAUGCGGGCUCUGCGGGCUCUAAGGGUGCUGAGACUCCUAAGGCUGCUAAGGCUUAUAAGACGUCUAAGACCCCGACGACCUCGACGGCCUCGAUGGUAUCUAAGACCUCCAAAGUGCCCGGCGAGACCGCAGACACACCCUCCGCCUCCGCCACCGCCGCAGACACACCCACACACCCCCCACCAGACGCAGCAGCAGCCAUCGCAUCCGCACACGCCCACGUCGCCACCGCAGAAUCCUUCCUCGCCGCCGCGCUCACAGCCCGCGUCCCCGUGCCGCGCGGCCCCGUCGAGGGCGUGUGGCGGCUGUACUGCGCGGCGUAUGGCAGGGAGCAUGUGGAUCGGUAUGGGGCCGGGGGACGGGAGUUGAGGGUUUGGUCUUCGUUGGAUGCAGAGGCUGAGACUGCCGCUACCUCCUCGAAUGCCGCUGCCGCCGCAGACACGUCGUACACCGCAGCCCUCCACAUCCCGCCCCGCUCCCUCCCCUUCACCCUCUCCCCCUUCCCCUUCGCCCCCGUCCCCGCAGCGACCGUGGCCUUCGCACUCCCGGCGUACGCAUCUUUCCGGCCCCACGCACUGCGCACGAGCGAGGGAUAUGCCGUGGAAGUGGUAUUUCUGGGGGGUGGGUGUGCGUUGGUUAGGGUGGAUGUGAGGUUGUUGUUGAGUGGCGGGGUGGGGGGGGUUAUGGAGUUUGUUGGGGUUAGGGUGGUGUAG